AUGCCCUAAGGCGUAAUGCCCUUUACCAGUGCCCCGUACCAGUGCGUGCAAGGCGACAGGUAAGACGGGACAAAAGCUAGCUGAUUUGAUUCACUCACACCGGGGACUUGAAGAAUGCCGACGGGGUCCUUGAAUGUGUAGUGUGUGGCUCCCCUCUACGAUUUUGAGCGAGACAUUCGUCCAAUCUGAAUUGUAACUUUUUCCAGAAGCCGGGAGCAACUGUCCAAUGAGUGACUUCGGUCCGGGGUAUCCAGCAUUCGAUCGUCUCCAAUGGGAACGACAUAGACCCUUAGACCCAGCGCCCUUCAACAAGAUUAAUUGUUAAACAAUUGUGGUCGAACUGUGGCCUUGAGAUAGAUCAAACAAUACUCUGCUCCUAGACUACGCGAAACACUACACGUAGACACGUGUACCCUGGGUAAAGGUAAAUGUCUGUUACAUCAUCCUCGCAACUACGCAAACUUCAGACGUCCGGACUGUGGGCAUACUAGUAGACCAACGGCCGGGUGAACAACUGGGCCGCACUCGAGGACAAUCACAACUCAGAGUCACAUCUCAGCAGAGUCUUCCAAGAAGCCCUAGGACUGACGAUACAAGGCCGCUGGGUCUGUGCACCUCGGACACUUAAACAUGCCGCAAGAACUGACCUACGUCAUCACUGGCGGAUGUGGCUUCCUUGGGUCACAUCUAGUGCGCAUGCUCGUGGAGAGGAAGGAACACAUCCGGGAACUUCGGGUGGUGGACAAAAAAGUCAGAGACUUUCCAACACUUGAUGACAAGUCAAAAGACAAGCUCCGCGUGUACGAAGCAGACAUCCGAAGUAGAGAGCGAAUGUUGGCAAUCUGCUCGGGUGCUGACGUCAUCAUCCACGCAGCCUCUCUCAUCGACUUUCCCGACGGCACCUACACGCAAGAGGAACUAUGGGAUGUCAACGUCAGAGGCACAGAGAACCUUCUCAACUGCUGCUUGGAAACGAAUGUCCGAUGUUUCGUCUACACGAGCAGUGUAGAUGCCUUCGGGCCCAACUGGCGAGGAGAUCCACUCGAAGAUGGCGACGAGGAGUCACCUUACGACCGCAGCCGUCUUUCCUCGGCCUACGGAACAUCCAAGAUGGCGGCCGAACGUCUGGUGCAGGAGAUGAAGGGAAGGACGACCAAAAACGGCGGGAAACUUCACACGUGCGCACUGCGACCCCCACACAUAUAUGGGGAGGGUAGUACGCUCGAUCUCUCGUUCAUCGAAGUUGCGAAGCGCGGAGCAAGAAUCUCUAAGCCCGAUGUAAAAGCUCGACAGGUGUAUGUAGGCAACGUGGCUCUUGCUCAUCUCUUAGCGGCAGAGAAGCUAGCUUCCCCUGAUGGUAUCGCUUAUGACCCCGUGUAUAACAUUCACGACGACACUCCUAUCACUAAUUACCAAGAAUUCUUUGAGUACCUCUCCCCAGAUGUCAAAAUCCAGGAGAGGAUGGUCCUUCCUCUGUGGCUUCUCUUUUUCAUAGCUCGAGUUUUUGCAUCGGUGCGAUUUCUCUUGAAACCUUUUUGCAACUUCGUCCCACCAGUGAGUCGUAAUGUGCUGUUGAACUGUAACACGACAUUCUACUUGAACUGUGCAAAAGCUAGAAGGGAUCUGGGAUACUCGCCUUUAUAUACAUGGGAGCAGAGUAGACAGAGAACGGUAGAUUGGAUAGAAAGCCAACUGGCCGGAUAAGUGGUGGAAUGGUGGUCAUUUGAUUAUGGUUGGUGACUUUGAAUCUCUUUGAAUCUUUGAAGUUCUUAGUUAGAAUCCCUUGCAGUUCCCACCUCAGAUUUUUAGUAUAUUCUUUACUGUUAAUAAGUAAGUAUGUCUGUAAGUACAGAUCAGACUGGUCUUAUCUUUUGAGCAAGUAGAUUGAAAUACGGAGUCACCCACACGACUAAAACUGGUGUCAGAACUGGGAUUAGCGUAGUUUCAUCAUUCGAUACACUGUACAAUAUUUCUUGCUGUUGACUCCAGCUUGCACACUGUAGUAUAAAUCGAAUGUAUUUUUUUUUCAGCAGGACUGGUUUUUAUCAUUACUUUUCUAAAUAUGGUAAUUUGGAACAUAUUUGUGGUCCCUAACAUGCAGUGAUGUAUAAUUGGGAGUGCCGGAUUUGUAUCCUGCUAUGUAGCACAUUUAUUUAGAACCAGUCCUACGUAUUGUUAUUUGGAGAGCUAAGUGGCAAUGGUCAGCUAUAUCGACGUAAAAUGGUGUCAGAAGUGGGAUUGGUGCUGUAGAAUCAAUAGAUUCCAUGUACACUGUAUAUGUAUGUAUA